UUGCUUUACUGACUAAGGUAGGAGGACAUGAACUGUCAAACGCUGCAACAGUGGAACACUUCACAUCUUCUCUCUGUCAAUGUCUAUAUCUUUUCUUUGAUAACAAACUGAAAUUAAUGUUUCUGGCAAAAUUACUCCGAAUUUCCGAGCUUCACUUUAAUGGUAGGUGCAGGCUCUGAGAUGUGGCUGAACGAGGGAGGAAUCAGUUGCAGGUUCCAGUUUCAGGUCCAGCUUCUCUGCAAAUGCAAAUUCUAUUUUGAUGCCCAAAUUUACUGCAAGUGAAGUAAGGCAUGAUUCUUAAUAACACUUUAGCCUCUUAAAUCUUUUCUUGUUUAUUUGUUUGUUUGUUUUUUGUUUCUCCAAAAUCUAAAACUUUAAUGAAAAAACUCUGAAACUUCUGUCGGCUGUCAUGGUUUUCCUGCCAAUAUUAUUCAAAUACACCCUCUUCCUUUUCCCUCUUCCACUUCAUACUUAUUAGUAUCCCCUCGAGCACACCCUCAGCUCCUAAAUCCAAUCAAGUACAAAAGAUCUGUUAUUGAGGCUGAGGAACUUGCCAAGUAGUCACUUAUCUUCAAGGAUCUUCACUGCGAAGUCUUGUCUUCUACAACAGAUGCAUGCCGCCUUCCUGAAAUCUAAAGCUAUAUUUCAUGUCAUGGCCGACUCUUCCACAGAAAUGGUUAUUUUUCUUCUUCUUCUAGCGGCGUUGGCCGCCGUUGUAAACCCUGCUGCUGGUGCUACGCUUCAUGAUGAUGCCUCAGUGCUGGCAUCCAUGAAAGCAGGGUUCCAGUCUUCCAUCCCGGAGCUGGAAAGCUGGAGUGAAGCCAAUCUGACCUCAGUGUGCUCGUGGUUUGGCGUCCGGUGCGACCUCGGCCGCGUGGCCGGCGUCGACCUCUCUAACUUGAACAUUUCCGGCAGUAUGCCGGUCGACGUCUCAGGCCUCGACGCGCUGGUGAACCUCUCGCUCGCCGGGAACCAGCUCGAGGGCGAGAUUAAGCUCGCCAACUUACCGGGUCUUCGGUUCGUGAACAUUUCGGGCAACUUGCUCGACGGCGGGCUCGAGUGGAACUUCGAGAGCUUGCGGAGCCUGGAGGUGCUCGACGCCUACGACAACAACUUCACCGCCGAGUUGCCGUCCGGCGUCGCGAAUUUGAGUCGACUACGGUACUUGGACCUCGGCGGAAACUACUUCACCGGGAGGAUUCCGGCGAGCUACGGGAGUUUGGCCGCGUUGGAGUACUUGUCGUUGAAUGGGAACGAUCUCCGCGGCAGAAUUCCCGGUGAGAUUGGCAACUUGACGAGACUCAGGCAGCUCUACUUGGGCUACUACAACGUGUUCGACGGCGGCAUCCCAGCGGAGCUCGGGAGGCUCGCCGCCACCCUAGUGCAUCUCGACCUCUCCAGCUGCGGCCUCGAAGGGGGCAUCCCGGGCGAGCUUGGCGACCUCGCCAACCUCGACACGCUCUUCCUCCAUUCCAAUCGCUUGUCGGGGCCGAUCCCGGCGGCGCUCGGCAACCUCACUCUGCUCACCCUGCUCGACCUCUCCAACAACGCGCUCACCGGGGAGGUACCCCUCGAGCUCGCCGCGCUCGCCGAGCUCACCCUGCUCAACCUCUUCAUCAAUCGGCUCCACGGCUCGAUCCCUGACUUCGUCGCCAGGCUGCCAAAGCUAGACACGCUGCAGCUGUUCAUGAACAACUUCACCGGCGUGAUCCCGGAGAAGCUGGGGUCCGGCGGCCGGCUCCGCGUGCUGGACCUUUCGUCGAACAAGCUGACGGGCACCAUUCCUGGCGAUCUCUGUCCGCUUAACCAGCUCAAAGUUUUGAUCUUGUUGAACAAUUUCUUGUUUGGACCGAUCCCUGAGAGCUUGGGCAAGUGUUGGAGCCUCACGAGAGCGAGGCUUGGGCAGAAUUAUCUCAAUGGCAGCAUUCCCUCGGGGAUUCUCUACUUGCCCAGUCUGAACUUGUUAGAGAUGCAGAGCAACUACCUCUCUGGUUCAAUACCACCCAAUGAUGAUUCCGGACAGAGCAGCUCCCAAUUGGCGCAGAUUAACUUAUCCAACAAUUUGCUUUCUGGUUCAAUUCCUCCGUCAAUCUUCAAUCUCUCCUCGAUCCAGACCUUGCUGUUGGGCAACAAUCAACUCUCCGGCGAGAUCCCCGGUGACGUCGGAGAACUCCGGCACGCGGCCAAGCUUGACUUUAGCCACAAUGCUCUCUCCGGCGCGAUUCCGUCCGAGCUCGGGGCUUGCACCCAGCUCAUAUACUUGGAUCUCAGCCAGAACAACCUCUCCGGGCCGAUCCCGGGCGAGAUCGCCAGGAUCUCGGUACUCAACUAUCUCAAUCUCUCGCGCAACCAUCUGUGCGACUCGAUUCCGCGAUCCAUCUCGGAAUUGCGAAGCCUCACCGCGGCGGACUUCUCCUAUAACGAUCUCUCCGGUGAGGUGCCUGCCGUCGGCCAGCUGGCCUACUUGAACGCUUCGGCAUUCGCGGGCAACGCCGCUCUGUGCGGGGCGGCGACGGGUCAGUUGUGCAAUGUUCACCCGGCGGCGGCGAUGUCGCGGCCUCCCGCCGGCAGGGGCCGCGCAGGGAGCGAUUUCAAGCUGAUCGUCGCGCUGGGACUGCUGCUCUGCUCGCUGGUGUUCGCCGCAGCGGCGGUGGCUCGGGCCCGAACGUACCGUCCCGGAGGGGGCAGGGCGGCGGGGGAGUGGCAGCUGACGGCAUUCCAGAAGGUGGGGUUCGGCCUGGCGGAGGUGCUGGAAAGUAUGAAGGAAGGGAACGUGAUCGGGCGCGGCGGCGGAGGGACAGUGUACCUCGGUCGCGCGGGGGGCAGCGAGAUCGCGGUGAAGCGGCUGCGGGGUGGCGGGCAUGACCACGGCUUCCGGGCGGAGGUGCGCACUCUGGGGAGCAUCCGCCACCGCAACAUCGUACGUCUGCUAGCGUUCUGCAGCGACGGGGAGACGAACGUGCUGGUGUACGAGUACAUGGGGAAAGGCAGCCUGGGCGCGGCGCUGCACGGCAAGGGAGGCGGCGCAUCCCUCGGCUGGGGAAGACGCUACCGGAUAGCCAUGGAGGCGGCGCGGGGGCUCUGCUACCUGCACCACGACUGCAGCCCGCGGAUCGUGCACCGCGACGUGAAAUCCAACAACAUCCUUCUCGACGCGAGCUUCGAGGCCCACAUCGCCGACUUCGGCCUCGCCAAGUUCCUCCACCACGACGGCGCCGCCUCCGAGAGCAUGUCCGCCAUCGCCGGAUCCUACGGCUACAUCGCUCCAGAGUACGCGUACACCCUCAAAGUCGACGAGAAAUCCGACGUGUACAGCUUUGGCGUGGUGCUGCUCGAGCUCGUCACCGGUCGGCGGCCGGUGGGCGACUUCGGCGACGGCGUCGACAUCGUGCAGUGGGCGAAGUUCGCGACGGGCGGCAGCCGGGACGGCGUGGCGGCGAUCGUCGACCCUCGACUCGGCGUGGGGGCGCCGCCGGCCGACGAGGUCGCGCACGUCUUCUUCGUGGCGAUGCUGUGCGUGCAGGAGAACAGCGUGGAGCGGCCGACGAUGAGGGAGGUAGUGCAGAUGCUGUCGGAGUUCCCCCACAGGCUGCCGGAGAGCUGCAGCCACCAGUCGCCGCCCCAGCUAGUUCCGGAUCUUUUGACCUAGUUGUAAUUCUGAUACUUGGUAGGACCGAAUAACUAAAUUGCCGGGGCGCAUAAGGGCCUCUCUGUAAAAUAGGUAAUUAUGUUGAGGUUGUUUUAAUUAAUGGACGAUGAUGUAUUGUAUUAUUCUUUCCUUUAAAUUUUCUGUCCUUUUUUAUAAA